AUGAACAGAAUAACACUUUACGAUUUUAUAUUAGAUGAAAUUCGAGGAGGGAGAUACUAUGAUUCUUAUCAAAGCGACCAUGAGAAUACCGAAGAAGGGGAUGGAACAGAAGGGAAGAGAAAAAAGAAUUUAAACGAAGGCGAGAGAAAGAAUAUGAAUGAAACAAUGAAAGGUGCUAGAAAUGAUCGAGGAAAUAACACGAAACACAGUUCCCCAAAGGACCGUAGUAUUAAUGAACCCGGACAAGAUGAAAACACAUACGACUUUUACAAAUUUUUGGACAAUUUUUUUAAAACUGACUCUAUACCAGAAAAUGCAUUGGAACACAUGAUGAACGUGCCAUAUUUUUUAGAAAAAAUUAUGAGUUUCUCGUUCUUACUUUGUCUAGACAAUAUCCUUUAUGACAUAACAUUUAUGCCUGUACAAGUCAUAAGAUCGAUUUAUAUUUUAUUUUAUACUUUUUUAAAAAACUCUGGUCAUAAUUUUUUACGCCUCUUCUGUAACAUAAAAAAUUUGAAGUUUUAUAAAUAUGCAACUACAUAUAAUUAUAAGGAUUUAAAAAAGUACAAAGAGAGAGUAAUUAAAAAUUCGAAUAAAUUUUCCCAAAAUGAAAGAACAAAAAGAGCAAUGCUAAAAAAAAAAAAAAAAAUAGAAAUUUAUGACAAGUCAGGCGAAAAAAAUUAUUUGGAAUAUUCAUAUAGUUUAAAAAAAGAUACUUCAAAAAAUUUUUUUUUUUUGGGAUAUCAUCAUAUAAAUGAUUUUACCCACAAUUUUGAGUAUUCAAAUUCUAAUGAACUUAGUUUCGAGAGAACUAAAAGUAUUUCCCAAAAUAAUUCUAUCGACACAAAUACUGCCAUGAGCAGGUUAAAAAGUCUGAACAAGCUCGAUACUAGUACUGAUAUGAAUUCUAUAAAUAUUAGCUUCAAUCCUUCCACAAACCAAUGUGAUUAUAUGAAUUCCAUAAGCCUUUGUAAUCAUAACAGUAGCACUAGUCAUCCAAGUUAUAGAAACUUCAAAACUUGCAGUACAUGUGAAUAUGUAGAUGAUAAAAUUUUAUUAAAAAAUACAAGCGCUACAAUAGAUAUGAAAAAUGAGGACAGUGAUUAUUUAAAAAAUAUGUGCAAUGAUAAAAAGAAAAAUAAGAGGAAUGAAAUUAAGAUGAACAAAAGAAUGUUACAAAUGCUUAAUAAAAAAUCCAUAGAUAAAACAAAAAAUAGGAACAGAAAAACAGAUCCUUUGUUUCAUCGACUAAUAAUAAAUCCAUUUAUAAUUACAAAAAGGAAGAUAUACUAUUUUUUAAAAAAAUCAACCAAAAAUGUUCACGACCUUUUCAAAAGUGUCUGCAUAAAAAUCAUACAUUUUUUUCAUAUUAACGCGAUAUACACCUUUAACAUUUUUAAGGAUGAAGAAAAGAAAACAAUUGUUACUAGAUCCUUUGAAGUGAAAUAUCUGAACACCAAUAAAAAAAGUAACAGUGAUGAAGAGAAACAAGAGAAAAAUUCACAUCGCCAACACAAAACUGGGGGAUGUAACUAUAACCAUUUGGAUAAACAUCUCAUCAGAGAAAAAGUAGGACAAUCAGAAGGAUCAAAUAAGGAGAGGCAAAUUGAUAGUGAACAGAAAUGGGAAAAAUAUACUGCUGAUAAAUCGAUAAGAAAAUCAUCACAUAAAUUGCCAAAAAAACAUCCAAGUAAAUCUCCAAACGGAUUACAUAACCAAACUCCGAAGGAAUAUCCUGAAACAAAAAUUCCAUACUUGACAACUGAAAUGGAGGCAAUAAAAACUCCCCGUGCAGAUGAAAACAGUGAUAAUAACAAAAAGCUGGAUGUGGGACAAAUGGAAUUUUCAGAAAAUUGUAAUGUUCAUAAAAGGAAGAACUCAAAUUGUGCAAGUGAUAAUUUAACACAGAAUGAUGGAAUCAACGAAGAGAACAACAUGAGCGAAACUUUUCUCACGCCAAAUGAUAAUCGAUCAAGCAACACGAAAAUUUAUUUCCAAAUGGAUAACCAAGAAGAAAACAUUGAUAACAUUAUUAGUGAUUAUAAUUUAGAGAGUCUUAACUCAUCGGAUAGAUAUGAACUUACGCAUAGCAGUAACCCUAGUGAUAUAUGUGAUGUGUUUGAUGGGGAAUUGUUCCGUGAUGAUCACAGCAACAUGGAUGAUGAAAAUUGGCAGAAUGGUCAAAUUGGACUAAGUCAUCAAAAUGGUCGAAGCCUCCAAAACGGGAAAAUCGAUCAAGUUGGCCAAAACUAUCGAAGCUGCUACUUGAAACCCCAUUUUAUGACUCAAAAAAGAAACAGCGAAAAUUGCGUUUACUACAAACUUAAUGAACGAUAUUCAAAAAAAAAAAAUAUAAUAAAAAAUAUAUCCAAAAUUAAAGAAAUGAAAAGAAAAUUAGUUAAACAGCAUUUAAACUCAUUGAAAUUAUCAUUCCCGGAAUAUAGUGGACUAAUUAGAGUAUCACUAAUUCUAAUAUGUAUAUACAUAUUUUCAUUUGUGGACACAUCUAGAAUUUAUCAUUACAUAAGAGCACAGCCAUUUAUGAAGUUAUACGUAGUAUUAAAUAUGCUAGAAAUUGUAGAGAGGCUACUAAGGUCAUUAGGAAAAGACCUAAUUGAUAAUAUGAUAAGAACAUUUAUAAGAAUUAUUAACUUACGUUCUUAUGUAUAUAUCAUAAGAAACCAGUAUACUAAAAAGGAAAAUGAAAUACAAAAGCAUAUGCACGGAGCUUCUGAGCACACCUCGAGCAAUAUGCCAAGGAGUAAAAAAAAUGUAUGUCCUGUUUCUCUGACCACCACAACUAUUGCCACGAGGACUACUGGAGCAACAAGAAUUGAAACCACAAUCGAAAGCACGAUCGCUAAUAAGGAAGAGAUAAAUUUUAUUAAUUACGAAAGUCCAAAUGACGCUCAGAAAGAGCCUAUAAACCAAAUAAGCAGCUGUUUAGAAAGGAAAACGACCAAUAACAAAACGCCUCACCAAUACAGCAUGUUCAGAAAUAAAGAUCAAGAGGGUAAUAAUAAACAUAAUGUUAUUUUCACAUUUAGUAAAUCUACAUAUGAUCCAGAUAUAUGCAGAACUGAUAUUGAGAAAACUUCAAAAUUUAGCAGUCUAGGUUAUAACAACGAGCGGGAAAAAAAUAAACUUGAAUUUUCUAAAAAUAAUAGGGAAAACGAAAAUGAAAAAAAAUUUAAAAUACCUAUCUUCUACCCCUUCUAUAAUAUACUCUUUAAAUUUAUUGCACAGUACAUCUUUGUCCUCAUGUACAUCUUAACCCACGCUUUUGCACAUCUCAUUCGCUUUCUCUCACUGAACAUUGCAAUCAAUUCUUCUGAGUCAACAAUGUUCCUAAUCCUGGUAAUGAGCAAUUUUACAGAAAUAAAAUCAACUGUAUUUAAAAAAUUCACCAAGACGUCCUUGUUCACAAUUGUUGCUUCAGAUGCAGUUGAAAGGUUUUAUCUAUUUAUUGACGCCUUUCUCGUUUUAUUAAAAAUGUCAACUGCUUAUAGAACACAAAAUUCGUUCUUAAGCAUUUCCAGUUGGCUCAUAAUUAUUUUACUGCUAGAAGUGGGAGUCGAUUGGUGCAAGCAUUCCUACUUAUUGAAGUAUAACAAAUUAAACUCGGAAUCCCUAAAUAAAUAUUUUCACACCCUGCUAGCCGAUGUACUAAUUUCAAGAACCCCCAAUAACAACAUAUUCUAUAUGAACACUUCUUCCUUUGAUGUGCCGUGCAAAAAUAUUUUUUGCUUUGCCCACAUUCCAACACGAAGACUUGGAUACAUGUCCAUGCCGGUAGUAACCCUCAUAGUAUGUUCCCUCCCAAGAUUAAAUUAUUUGUACAACAUUUCACAUUUCUCAUUUGCAUUAUCCAUUUGGGUUUGCUUAUUCCUUUUCAAGAUCAUCCUGUCCAUUAUGAUUGUAUCCUUCACAAUAUCCGAAAAGAAGCAUCUUAAAAAUCUGGGAAAACCAUAUGACGAUAUUAGUGCAAUGUGA